AAUAAUUUUUUUUUAAUUAUAUGGAAAUUGUAAUUAAGUUUUGUAAAGUGAAAUGUACAGGUAAAAUUAUGUGAAAAUACAAUUGUCUUAAAAAUUAUCUAUUUUUACUAAUGUAUUUUUAUAUCUAUAAAGUCCCACAGACUGUUAAAUGGCGAAUUCAAGAAGAAUCAGGACGUCAUUUUCAAAAGUAUUUAUGUCUUCGCAGAAAGUUUCAGGCUGUACUUUCUCAAUAACGUAGCUAAACACGCUUUCAUCUGUAGUUAAGCCAUUCUCAUUAUCGGUCAGAUUCGUGAUCCCUUGUCGAAAGGAAGACAAGUUAAUUUCUCGAUACCAUGCUUAUUAUCCUAGCUAAAUCGCUCGAGAUCGAAUACUUCGAAAUUCUUCUAGUACUAAUUAUCCUCCUGCAAACCGUGAAUGAGUAUCAAGUAAAAUUUGAUUAUAUGUUGCACGCAAAAAGCAAGUUCGUCAGAUCCUUUCAGUUCGAUGUUCUUCGUGCCUGUUUUUGUUAGAAAUCCCAGCGUGAGUAUGAUUCUCUAUGAUUGUGGGAACACGUCAGGUGAUUAUAGGUCAGUUAAUUAUAAUACACGUCAUUUGGUAAUAAAGUACACUUAACACCCGUUAGAAAUUUUGAUUUAAAUUAUAUUGCUCUCCCUUCCCACUCGGUCAUGCUAUCUCAUACUAUCAGUAUUUGCGUCCGUGAUUCUGCUCUCUGCUGUUAGUUACGGCUAGUACGCAGUAAAGGCAGCACGAGCCUGUCUAAGCAAGAGUUAUUCAAAAAGAGCAAGAUGACUAUCAUGCUGGUGUCUCUGAUUCUCGGAGCGUUCGCAGCUUUGUAUUACUAUCUGACGCAAAACUACAAGUAUUGGCAGAAACGUGGAAUUCCGUGCCCGGACGGGGCCUUGCCAGGAAUUGGUCAUAUGCUGCCAGCAAUCACUUUAAGAACAACUUUCUCUGAAUUUCUUAGAAAAAUGUACAAUAACAAUAAAAAUUGUAGCAUGGUGGGAUUUUACAGUUUUACAAAACCGUCAUUAAUAGUUAUCGAGCCGCAAUUAGUAAAAACAGUGUUGCAAACAAACUUUGCCAGUUUUAACCGAAACGUUUUUCAAGUCGAUCCUGACUUGGAUCCGCUCGUAGCGCUAAAUCCUUUUAACUUGUUCGACGAAAAGUGGCAAACCGCCAGGAAGCGUCUGACUUACGCGUUCUCUAGCAUGAGGCUGAAGAUUUUACUGGAGAGCGUCAAACCGGUGUGCGUGUUGUUCGAGAAUUAUUUGAAUAAUAAACUGAGUAAAACCGAAAAGGUAGAAGUAGAGCUGAAGGAUUUAUUUGCAAAAUUCACCGCACAGGUGGUGGCUGGCGCUGGUUUCGGCGUAGACGGAUAUUGCUUUAACGAAGAGAAAAAGAAUCUGUCUUUUCAAAAAAUCGGUGAGGUUGUUCUAGAGCCGAGUUUACGGACCAAGAUCGCGACCAUGUUGCUAUUUUUAGUCCCGUCGUUAAACAAAAUAUUCAAAAUAAGUUUUGUGCCGAAGCAUAUUGAUAAUUUUUUUCGCACGUUAGUCGCGGAACUUAUGGAGCAGAGAAGAAAGGACGGGAAACCUAGAAAUGAUUUUCUUCAUUUAAUGACUGAAUUGGAAAAGCAGGAAGGCAUUAAAUUUGACGUGGAGCUACUAACCGCUCAAGCCUUCUCGUUUGUCGUAGAUGGCUAUGAGACUUCUAGUAUAGUUAUGAGCCUUGUUGGCUAUCAAUUAGCCGUCCAUCAAGAAAUUCAAGAAAAACUACGUAAAGAGGUAAUGUCUGUGUUUAAAAAAUACAAUGAUGAAAUCACAUACGAAGGCUUGAAAGAGAUGACUUAUAUGGAUCAAGUUCUGAACGAAUCGCAGAGAAUUAUACCCACGGCAGGAUUUCAGAGCAAGAUCUGCACUGAAGAGUUUGAGUUGAGAGGAUCCGACGGGCUUGUCUGUCGCGUACAGCCCAGCACUGAAAUUCAGAUACCCGUUCACGGUUUACAACAUGAUCCUCGAUAUUGGAACAAUCCUGAGGUAUUCGAUCCUGAGAGAUUCAACCCUGAAAAUAAACAAAACAUCGAUCGAUUCGUCUUUCUUCCUUUCGGCGAAGGUCCACGUAUCUGCCCGGGAAUGAGAAUGGCUCUGCUGCAAAUAAAAGCGGGUCUGGCUACAUUAUUGAGGAAAUAUAGUUUAGAACUUUCUCCCAAGACAAAACUGCCUUUGAAAAUGAUCCCCGGAGUUAUUUUAGCAUCCCCGGAAGGCGGUUUGUGGGUCAAAAUCCGACAGCUUUAAUUGCAAAUAUUUUUUUUAAGCUAUAUCAAGCUCACAAUUUUUAAAUUUGAAAGAUAAAUUAGUAGGAAAUCUUUUUUAACUAUACUGAAGUAUAAAACUUCUAAUUUGAUUGAUGAAAUAUAUGUAACACAUUUGUAGGAAUAAAACUGUCUAGAAAAUUGCCUACUUUUCACUGUUCUAAUUUUAUGCAAAAUUACUAUUACACAUUAUUUUACUAAUAACUGCGAAUAUAUUUCAGAUACUGAAAAUUGAACAAUUUUUUAACCGUUGUAAUUUGGCGAGAAAUCAUUGUAGACAAAAAAUGAAGAAGCAUUUUAAAGCUUGAAAUUUAUACUUUUAUGCAGUAUAAAUCGUUUUCCAAAAACUUUUUAUCUUUCCACGUCUACGCUCGAAAGAAGAAUACGCUUUUUCGCCGCCGAUGCUGCGUUUAGUCAGCUGAGAGACCGAUUGAUAAUAUCGAUCGGACGUUCAAUAGUUCUGAAAACUGUUUCUUAACAGAUGAGAUAUUGUAAAUAAUUUUUAUAGUAAUAUUGUUUAGCCGCUGAGACGUCUGCAUGACAGUUUGUAAUCAAACUGUGAGAUGUCAGAUUUUCGGUCGGACAGCUGGCUGCUCAGGCGGAUGUAUACGACAGCUUUGAUCUUUCAAUCUGUUUCUCGGUUACUCGUUGUAUUCGUUUGAGUUACUGUUAUUAUUAAAGUGUUUCUUUUACUC